AUGGGGUCUCUCGGAACGCACGAUAGCAGGUCUGAUUUCAUUGAUGGAAUUCCCACUGUUAAACCGCCAUUGGCGGUGAUUGAGGAGGGAAUAGUUGAAUGGAAUUUCGCGGUUGUGGGUCAAUUUAUUGGUGCUGCUCCCAAUUUCGAUUCAAUGCAGCGGAUUAUCAACUCUCUUUGGGGGAAAUCUUCUCCUGUAAAGGUUAGUCUUGCCGGUGUAAAUCUUUACGUUUUUUCGUUUGGGAGUGCUUCUAUUAGAGAUUGGGUGCUUGAGAAUGGACCAUGUCAUGUCCAGAAUAAGCCUUUGGUUUUGAGGAAGUGGGAACCCUAUUUGCAUAAACUUGAUUUCGAUCUCUCUCAUAUGCCUGUGUGGGUUCAGCUCUAUAAUGUACCUUUGGAAUUGUACUCUAGAAGUGGCCUUAGCUAUAUCUCUAGUGCCCUAGGCAAUCCAUUAUACAUGGAUUCCAUUACUGCUUCUAGGGGAAGAUUAGAGUAUGCAAAAGUUUGUAUUGAAAUUUCUGCGGGGUUUGUAAUACCGAAUGAGGUCCAGGUAAUUCUUAAGGAUGGAUCAAUGGUGAGGGUUGGUGUCUUUAUCCCUUGGUUACCAAGGGCUUGCUCUAUUUGUAAAACUUUUGGUCACCUGGCCAGCAGGUGUGUUGCUAGGCAGAAUUCUGUGCCGAAGCAGGAGAAGUUGGAUCCAGGUUUUUUGCCUUCUGGAUCCUCAGGUAAUGCCAUACAUGCUGCUGAUGUUGUCUGUCCUAGUCCUGAAUUGGUUGUUAGUAUGGCUGAGGAGACUUCUGUGUCAGCUUUGUAA